CGCUAAACCAGGUAUUUAUUUAUAUUGCUUACAUCAAUGUGUGUUGACAGAAAGAUAAUAAUACCAGUGGAUUACCAUGAAGUGCGAAUUGUGUAGUGUAUUGUGUGUACAGCACACAGAUAAUGUGAAUAAUGUACAGCACACAGAUGGCGAUGUGUUAUUUGAAAAUGGGAGUGUUGCUAUGGAGCUGAUGCUUUUUGUAUGUAAUGUAUGUCUGAACGUUGAGAUUUUCAACGGCCAACACUUCUAUCGAUUUUGAUCGAUUGAUUUCUUUAUUAGUGAUCAACCCGAAACCACUGCGAUAGAUUGUGAUAUGGCGGAUGACAAGAAGGCCAAGCGGCGGUUACAGAACGUAGAGGCUGCCAAAAAGUCGUAUGAAACCAAAAAGAGAGAGAGGAAUGAAUUACAAGAGGUAAGCGUUGGAGUGUCCACUGACAUACACCCUUGUCGUUUCAAUCACCUUGCCUUCUGACCCCUACUCCCAAUGGUACCCAUUGCCACUGUGUCCCACUCCCAUCAUUGUGCCCCGCUCCAAAUGGUACCUGUAAAGUGCUCCACCAGUUAAGUUCAUCACUAUUCAGCCCACCUCUAUUCCACCAGCCCAUCUCUCUUCCACCAGCCCAUCUCUCUUCCAUCAGCCCAUCUCUCUUCCACCAGCCCAUCUCUCUUCCACCAGCCCAGCUCUAUUCCACCUGCCCAUCUCUAUUCAGCCCAUCUAUAUUCAACCAGCCCAUCUCUAUUUCAACUGCCCAUCUCUAUUCAAUCAGCCCAGCCCUAUUACACCUGCCAAGCUCUAUUCCACAAUUCCACCAGCAAAUCUCUAUUCCACAAUUCCACCAGCCCAUCUCUAUUCCACGAGCCCAACUCUGUUCCAUUGUGAAAUCUCUAUUCCACAAUUCCACCAGCCCAUCUCUCUUCCACCAGCCCAUCUCUCUUCCACCAGCCCAUCUCUCUUCCACCAGCCCAUCUCUCUUCCACCAGCCCAUCUCUCUUCCACCAGCCCAUCUCUCUUCCACCAGCCCAUCUCUCUUCAUCCAGCCCAUCUCUCUUCCACCAGCCCAUCUCCAUUCCACCAGCGCAUCUCUCUUCCACAGCCCAUCUCUCUUCCACCAGCCCAUCUCUCUUCCACCAGCCCAGCUCUAUUCCACCUGCCCAUCUCUAUUCAGCCCAUCUCUAUUCAACCAGCCCAUCUCUAUUUCAACUGCCCAUCUCUAUUCAAUCAGCCCAGCCCUAUUCCACCUGCCAAGCUCUAUUCCACAAUUCCACCAGCCCAUCUCUCUUCCACCAGCCCAUCUCUCUUCCACCAGCUCAUCUCCAUUCCACCAGCCCAUCUCUCUUCCACCAGCCCAUCUCUCUUCCACCAGCCCAUCUCUCUUCCACCAGCCCAGCUCUAUUCAGCCCAUCUCUAUUCAACAAGCCCAUCUCUAUUUCAACUGCCCAUUUCUAUUCAAUCAGCCCAGCCCUAUUCCACCUGCCCAGCUCUAUUCCACAAUUCCACCAGCAAAUCUCUAUUCCACAAUUCCACCAGCCCAUCUCUAUUCCACAAGCCCAUCUCUAUUCCACAAGCCCUCUUUCUUCCUUCCGACCCAUCUCUAUUCCACCAGCCCAUCUCUAUUCCACCAGCCCAUAACCAAAUCACCACCCCAUCUCUAUUCCACGAGCCCAACUCUGUUCCAUCUGCCCAUCUCUAUUCCAUCUGCCUAUCUUUAUGCUACCAGCCCAUCUCUAAUCCACCUGCACAUCUCUAUUCCACCUGCCCAUCUCUAUUCCACCAGCCCAUCUACAUUCCACCAGCCCAUCUCUUUCCAAGCAGCCCAUCUCUAUUCAGUUCAUCUUUAUUCAGGUCAUCUCUAUUCAACCUGCUAAUCUCUAUUACACAACCCCAUCUCUAUUCCACCAACCCAUCUCUAUUCCACCAACCCAUAUCUAUUCCACAAGCAAAUCUCUACUAGCCCAUCUCUAUUCCACAAUCCCAUCUCUAUUCCAACAGCCCAUCUCUAUUCCACCAACCCAUUUCUAUUCCAUAUGCUCAUCUCUAUUCAACAACCCCAUCUCUAUUCCACCAGCCCAUCUCUAUUCCACCAGCCCAUCUCUAUUCCACCAACCCAUCUCUAUUCCAUAUGCCCAUCUCUUUUCCACAACCCCAUCUCUUUUCCACCAGCCCAUCUCUAUUCCACCAGCCCAUCUCUAUUCCACCAGCCAAUCUCUAUUCCACCAGCCAAUCUCUAUUCCACCAGCCAAUCUCUACUCCAGGUCCUGCAUGAGGUCAAAUGCACUGAGAUUCAGAGACUUUGUACAGAGACAUUGAGUUGAGAGCCUUCUCGUCCAUGAGGGGCAUCCACCGAUCAUCGUCGGCGUCUGCGGUUCCUCCAAGGGCAUAGGCCACCUUCGAGAGACCUCCAGGCAUCUCUAUCCUGGGCAAGCUUCUCCAGGAUUUUCCAUCCAUGGCCAAUUUUCUUGAUGUCUGUCUCCAAUUCUCGGCGCCAAGUGUUUCUUGGACGGCCUCUUUUCCGCUUACCCUGUGGGUUCCAUUUCAGGGCUUGCUUUGUUGUGUUAGAAGCAGGUUUUCUUAGUGUAUGACCAAUCCACCUCCACCGCUUCUGGAGAAUCUCUUCCUCAAUGGGUUUCUGUUUUGUCCGCUGCCACAGUUCCUGGUUGCUGAUUUUGUCUGGCCAGAGACAUAAUGUCACAUAAAUUGAUACGCCCAAUGGCAUAUAUCAUUCUAAAUUGACAUAGUUUUAUGUCACAUACAUUGAUCGUCAAAAAAUGUUUCGUCAAAGUCACUCAUUUGGAAACAGUUAAAGUCACAAAAGUGUACUACGGUCAAAGUCACAUAGUACAUUGAAAGUAACAAAGUCACAUAGUACAUUCAAAGUAACAAAGUCACAUAGUACAUUGAAAGUAACAAAGUCACAUAGUACAUUGAAAGUAACAAAGUCACAUAGUACAUUCAAAGUAACAAAGUCACAUAGUACAUUGAAAGUAACAAAGUCACAUAGUACAUUGAAAGUAACAAAGUCACAUAGUACAUUCAAAGUCACAAAGUCACAUAGUACAUUCAAAGUCACAUAGUACAUUCAAAGUCACAUAGUACAUUGAAAGUAACAAAGUCACAUAGUACAUUCAAAGUCACAUAGUACAUUCAAAGUCACAUAGUACAUUGAAAGUAACAAAGUCACAUAGUACAUUGAAAGUAACAAAGUCACAUAGUACAUUCAAAGUAACAAAGUCACAUAGUACAUUCAAAGUAACAAAGUCACAUAGUACAUUCAAAGUAACAAAGUCACAUAGUACAUUCAAAGUAACAAAGUCACAUAGUACAUUCAAAGUCACAUAGUACAUUGAAAGUAACAAAGUCACAUAGUAUAUUGAAAGUAACAAAGUCACAUAGUACAUUGAAAGUAACAAAGUCACAUAGUACAUUGAAAGUAACAAAGUCACAUAGUACAUUGAAAGUAACAAAUUCACAUAGUACAUUCAAAGUAACAAAGUCACCUAGUACAUUUGAAAGUAACAAAGUCACAUAGUACAUUGAAAGUAACAAAGUCACAUAGUACAUUCAAAGUCACAUAGUACAUUCAAAGUCACAUAGUACAUUCAAAGUCACAUAGUACAUUCAAAGUAACAAAGUCACAUAGUACAUUGAAAGUAACAAAGUCACAUAGUACAUUCAAAGUAACAAAGUCACAUAGUACAUUCAAAGUAACAAAGUCACAUAGUACAUUCAAAGUAACAAAGUCACAUAGUACAUUCAAAGUAACAAAGUCACAUAGUACAUUCAAAGUAACAAAGUCACAUAGUACAUUCAAAGUCACAUAGUACAUUGAAAGUAACAAAGUCACAUAGUACAUUGAAAGUAACAAAAUCACAUAGUACAUUGAAAGUAACAAAGUCACAUAGUACAUUCAAAGUAACAAAGUCACCUAGUACAUUUGAAAGUAACAAAGUCACAUAGUACAUUGAAAGUAACAAAGUCACAUAGUACAUUGAAAGUAACAAAGUCACAUAGUACAUUGAAAGUAACAAAGUCACAUAGUACAUUGAAAGUAACAAAGUCACAUAGUACAUUCAAAGUAACAAAGUCACCUAGUACAUUUGAAAGUAACAAAGUCACAUAGUACAUUCAAAGUAACAAAGUCACAUAGUACAUUCAAAGUCACAUAGUACAUUCAAAGUCUCAUAGUACAUUGAAAGUAACAAAGUCACAUAGUACAUUGAAAGUAACAAAGUCACAUAGUACAUUCAAAGUAACAAAGUCUCAUAGUACAUUGAAAGUAACAAAGUCUCAUAGUACAUUCAAAGUAACAAAGUCACAUAGUACAUUGAAAGUAAUAAAGUCACAUAGUACAUUGAAAGUAACAAAGUCACAUAGCACAUUGAAAUUAACAAAAUCACAUAGUACAUUCAAAGUCACAUAGUACAUUGAAAGUAACAAAGUCACAUAGUACAUUCAAAGUAACAAAGUCACAUAGUACAUUCAAAGUAACAAAGUCAUAUUGUACAUUCAAAGUAACAAAGUCUUAAAGUACAUUCAAAGUAACAAAGUCACAUAGUACAUUCAAAGUAACAAAGUCACAUAGUACAUUCAAAGUAACAAAGUCACAUUAGUACAUUCAAAGUAACAAAGUCACAUAGUACAUUCAAAGUAACUAAAGUCGUUCAUUAGUCGACUCCAAAAAAGUUCUAAAAUUUGCAAGCCUUAGACCAGCAGUUCCGCCACAUUGAUUGUGUACUGUCAAGUGAUAAAAAUAUAGAAACAAACUACUUCUUUUCUCAUUUUAAAAAACCUGCCAAUCAGUACAGCAAACCAUCCAGUCUGUAUAACAAACCUUCCAGUCUGUAUAACAAACCUUCCAGUCUGUAUAACAAACCUUCCAGUCUGUAUAACAAACCUUCCAGUCUGUAUAACAAACCUUCCAGUCUGUAUAACAAACCUUCCAGUCUGUAUAACAAACCUUCCAGUCUGUAUAACAAACCUUCCAGUCUGUAUAACAAACCUUCCAGUCUGUAUAACAAACCUUCCAGUCUGCACAACAAACCUUCCAGUCUGUAUAACAAACCAUCCAGUCUGUAUAACAAACCUUCCAGUCUGCACAACAAACCUUCCAGUCUGUAUAACAAACCAUCCAGUCUGUAUAACAAACCUUCCAGUCUGUAUAACAAACCUUCCAGUCUGCACAACAAACCAUCCAGUCUUUAUAACAAACCAUCCAGUCUGUAUAACAAACCUUCCAGUCUGCUCAACAAACCUUCCAGUCUGUAUAACAAACCUUCCAAUCAGUACAACAAACCUUCCAAUCAGUACAACAAACCUUCCAAUCAGUACAACAAACCUUCCAAUCAGUACAACAAACCUUCCAAUCAGUACAACAAACCUUCCAAUCAGUACAGCACCAUCCGCUAGUACAGCAACCCUUCUAAUUGGUACAACAAACCAUCCAACUAGUGCAACAAACCUUCUAAUCAGUAAAACUAGCCUUCUAAUCAGUACAGCAAACCAUCCAACUUGUAGGCCUACAACAAACCUUCUAUUCAGUACAGCAAACCAUCCAACUAGUAGGCCUACAACAAACCUUCUAUUCAGUACUGCAAACCAUCCAACUAGUAGGCCUACAACAAACCUAUUCAGUACAGCAAACCAUCCAACUAGUACAACAAACCUUCCAAUCAUUAAAACAAACCUUCUAUUCAGUACAGCAAACCAUCCCACUAGUUCCACAAACCUGCCCAGCAGAGUUGAAAAUCUCUUAACACACCAUUUCCUGUGGCUAACUACUACACAUUGAUAAAAUAGAAACGGAUUUUUCCGAUUGAUAAAGUUUGUGAGUUCUGAAAAUCUGGACAAAAUAUUUCUUAUAUAAACAAAUUCGUCAAAUAAAAUGGGUGCAUAGAUCAGGAUUGUCCCACUUUGCGCGCGGGAAAACAUUUUUUACGCUCUGCAAUAGAAAAGUUUUAUAUUAGUCAUUUAGAUUUUCUUACAAGGAGGUUUAGACAUAAAAAAAUGGUUACAUAUUUAUUAUACAUAUAUGUCAAUAACUGUAUCAAGUGGCAAAGAUUAAAACACUAAUGAUUAAAUGCUUACAAUCGUAACGCUUGUUCUAAGUUUAAUUAAUGAAAUAGCAAAACGAGGUAUGUGGAAGCUUGAAUAAGAGAACAGGACACAAAGAUAAGGCCGUUUCGGCAUAAAGCCUUCUUCAGCUAACAGUAGAAAUGAACAUAUAGUUUAACUUUACAACUGUUUAAGGUAUACAUAUUUUUUUUUAAAUUUGUCUGCAGAAAAAUAACAGUUUAGUAGCAACGCAGAUGUCGCUGCUUCUUGAAAAGUCUAAGCUGGAAGACCAAGUUCAGCUAUACGAGCACAUGUUGACACACUUUGAACACACGUGCAGCGAUGGGGACGAACAGGACGCGGACUGUCUAAUAGUGGACAGUUCGCAAGGUCACAUCCCUGAAGUUUCUUUGCCGCUCACAAACGUUUCCAGCCACACCCACGACCGCGGUGUACACUACAACGGCCACAGCGUACACUCCAACGGCUUCAUUGACCAGAGCGAAACAGCCGAGGCCGUCAAAAACUUACAGCACCAUUCCAAUUCCGCUCUAGACUUGUCGGCCAGAACGGGCAGCAUGCACGCGCCCCACCACGGCGGUGGUCACCCUCGCGGCAGCAGUGAAGCUUUGAGCGUCCAGGAGACGGCCUACGAGGACGUGGAUGACGGCCUGAAUAUCGGGGCCACCCAGGAGGUGGAGCUCACCACGAGGAGGAGAAAGAACAGACGACAAGAUGGCGGCGGCGUGUCAGGUCAUCCUUCCCUCGUGAAGAGGAACCGGCGGGACGAAGUGUCACCCAACAGCUGUGCCAGGUCCUUGCUCGACUCAAAACGAGGCUCACAAUUAACGCAUGGCAAUCGACGGUUUUCGGUGCAGUGAGCUACAUGACGUGCUACCUGACGUGCUAUGAGCUACAUGACGCGUGUUGAAUCAUUCCCAAUUCAGUUGUGUCACCUUUAGAUUUUUUGAUCUACAGUUUGUGACUAUGCAAUAAUGUACACUGAACUUAUAAAAGUAGAAACAUUGUUUGCUUCUUCAAUAUCCAGUUUCUGUUUAAAAGAAACCACCUGGGAGGUAAUAGACCAACUGAUCACUGAUGCUUUCAUAUUUCGAUAUACACAUAAAGGAAUAUACCUAUUAUAUAGUAUGAUACCAGUAGCCUAACUACUGUUUGUUUUGUUUGAAAAGCUAUUGAGCUCUUUGAUGUACAUUGAUAAAAUAAGAUUCACAGCUUUCAUAUUAUUUAACAGUUCUCAUUGGGAUACAUUUUUGAUAACCAAAUGUGGGUUACGUGUUUAGAGGUCAAGGUCGUAUGUAUUCGUUUAUUUUUGCAUCCCUCCUAUUUUUGCAAACGCAGCGUGUAAUGGUUAAAACCUGGUUGCCAUGGUGCAAUUGAAAUAGUAGAACAAUAAUAGACAGGACAAUAAGAUUCGCGCGUUUGGGCUUAGAGCCUUCUUCAGCAAACACGACACAAAGAUAGAAGUAAGACAAAGAUAGAAGUAAGACAAGUAACAGAGCACAGUGAAACCUUUAGAGAUUUCCUUUGUUGCCCGAUAGAGCUGAAAGAUAGAGCUGAAAGAACGAGUUAAAGGAAAUCUCUAAUGUUUUUGUUUUUUGACUGUGCUGUGUUACUUGUCUUACCUCUAUUUGUCUGUUUGCUGAAGAAGGAUCUAAGCUAAACUGUUCAAAUCUUAUUGUCAUGUCUAUUGAUUCAAGCUUAACAUACCGUGCGCGACUAUUUCAUUUACACAACUUGAAUGCAGUCCAUCAAUUAUUGUCAUAGUGCACAAUGGUUUUCAAUUAUUCCCCCCCUC